AGUCUUCAACCAAUAAUCAUACUAAAGAAAAGCCGACAAGAAACAACGCGUCUUUGUACAGAGUGUAGUGAUAUGCAAAAAGCCUUGCAACUAGAAGAACAAACACACGGAGCUACGCGGUUUGCCUUUGACGGUUCUCUGUUUGCUGACCAACCCAAAUUGCCUGCCUCUCCCUUGCUUCUCCUCUUCUUUCUUCUGUCUCCCCCAUUCCACAUUUUGGGUUGCCUUCCCGUGCCAAAUCGGGUGAGUGUUUGGUCAGUCACCACUCGAACAGGUUACGCCAAAAGCUCAUGUUUGUGGGCCUGCACCCUCCUCAACCAAGUCCCAUUGCUAUCUUCUUCAUAAUUCUUACUUGCAUGGAUAUCUCCGGUUACCGUUAGGAAUGAGGAUUUCACUCUUUUCAUGGCUUUUCUUGAAUUCGUUCAUAGCAGUUUUCUUUAGCAUCGCUGUAGUUUUGGUUUCUGGCCAAUGUCAAAGCGAUCAGCGAGAUUUGUUGCUCCGAUUGAAAAAUGGCCUCAAUUCUACUUUAUCUGUGAAGUUGGUGAAGUGGAAUCAAACCACGGAUUGCUGUUCUUGGGAUGGUGUGAGCUGUGAUGCAGGUGGUCGGGUUAUCGCCCUAAACUUGAGCAACCAAUCAAUUUCCGGUGUGAUUGAAAAUUCAAGCAGCCUCUUCAGUCUUGAGAAUCUCCAGAGUCUAAAUUUGGCAUACAACAGAUUCAACUCCAGUAUUCCUUCCAGACUUAAUGAGCUUGCAAAUUUGAGUUACCUCAAUUUGUCAAAUGCUGGCUUCCAAGGUCAAAUUCCUGAGGCGAUUUCAGGUAUGACAAGGUUGGUUACUCUUGAUUUAUCUACGCUAAACUUCCCUGGACAAGUUUCAUUGAAGCUUGAAAACCCAAAUCUACGAAUGCUUGUUCAAAAUCUGAGUAUGCUAGAAGAACUGCACCUUGAUGGCGUGAAGAUAUCAGAGCAGGGCAAACAGUGGUGCCAGGCCAUAUCUGCUUCAUUAAGUAAAUUGCAAGUGCUGAGCAUGUCCAACUGUCAUCUUUCUGGACCAAUUGAAUCUCACCUCCAAAACUUGAAGAAUCUCUCAGUUAUUCAUUUGGAUAAGAAUAAUUUGUCGACUGAGGUUCCAAAAUUCCUUGCUAAACUUUCAAAUUUGACUUCCUUGCGGCUCAGUUCGUGUGGCUUGCAUGGACUAUUUCCAAAAGAGAUACUCCAGGUAAGGAUGCUACAGUCCCUUGAAAUAUCCGAAAAUGAAAAACUUGAGGGUUCCUUGCCAGAAUUCAAUCAUAAUGCUUCUUUUCGGAUCCUAGUGCUGAGCAAAACAAAUUUUUCCGGGUCAUUACCACGGUCUAUAGGCAACCUUGUGAACUUGACAAGAUUAGACCUUUCCUAUUGCCAUUUCAGUGGAGCAAUUCUAAACUCAACCUCAAAUCUCCAACAGCUUGUUUUUCUGGACUUGUCAUUCAAUAACUUCGCUGGUCAAAUUCCACUAUUUGAUGUGUCCAGAAAUCUUGCAUAUAUAGACCUCUCUCAUAAUAAUCUGACUGGUGAGAUCCAAUCAUCUGACUGGAAAGGCCUUCAAAAUCUUACUCACAUUGAUUUAAGUCACAAUUCUCUUCAUGGGAAUAUUCCCUCCUCUCUUUUGGCACUCCCGUUACUGAAGAAGGUUAUGCUUUCCAACAAUCAAUUUGACGGCAAAUUUCUUGACGUUCCAAAUGCGCCACAAUCUUUAUUGGAUACUCUUGAUCUCAGCAGCAAUAAACUGCAAGGGCCUAUACCCAAGUCUGUUUUUGAUCUCAGCAGACUAAACAUCCUGUUACUUUCUUCCAACAGGUUCAAUGGCACCAUACAGCUAGGAGACAUUCAGAAGCUUGGCAAUCUCACACGUCUUGACCUUUCACAUAGCAAGCUGUCUGUCAAUGCAACUGGCAGCUAUUCUACCUUGUCAUCCUUCCCCAAGAUUGCUAGACUAGAACUGGCUUCUUGCAGGCUGAAAGUGUUUCCUGAUCUAAAAAACCAAUCAAAACUAACCUAUCUGGAUCUUUCAGACAACCAAAUUUCUGGUGAAGUACCCAAUUGGCUUUGGAAUGUUGGCAGUGGCUCUCUCCAGUAUCUGAACCUUUCAUUUAAUCAUCUAGAGAGUCUGAAAAAGCCUUAUCAAAUGCCUAGUCUCUCAGUCCUUGACCUGCAUUCUAACAAUCUCAGUGGUAAUAUCCCAACUCUGCCUCCAUCCGCGAGCUUUCUGGAUUAUUCAAGAAAUAAUUUUACUUCUUCUCUACCACCUAACAUUGGUAGCAACCUGUCAUACACUAUUUUCUUUUCUCUCUCAAGCAAUGGCCUUACAGGUGUCAUUCCUUAUUCAAUAUGUAAAGCUAGUUACCUGCAAGUUCUUGACUUGUCCAACAACAAUCUGACUGGUGCAAUUCCAGAAUGUUUAAUUCAAUGGGCAACAUCUCUAGGGGUUCUGAAUCUUGGCAGCAACAGUCUCAAUGGCAAUAUUCCUGAUUUAUUUCCAAGUGAUUGUUCCAUACAAACACUAGAUGUCAAUGGCAAUGAACUUAAAGGGAAGAUUCCAAGAUCCCUUUCUAGGUGCAAAAAGCUGGAGGUGUUAGACCUUGGUAACAAUCAGAUCAAUGAUUCUUUUCCUUGCCAUUUGAAGAAUAUAUCCACUUUGCGGGUUCUGGUUUUGCGAUCAAAUGAGUUUCAUGGGAAAAUUGGUUGUCUGGAAAGUAAGGCUCCCUGGUCAAAGCUUCAAAUUGUUGACAUUGCUCACAAUAGUUUUACUGGAAGACUACCAAAGCAAUGCUUAGCAACAUGGGAGGCAAUGAUGAUUGAUGACAAUGAAACCCAAUUAAGUGUUAAACACCUUCAAUUUGGGUUUCUACAACUCAGUGGAUUGUAUUAUGUGGACGGCAUAACAGUUACCAACAAAGGUCUAACAAUGGAGCUGGUAAAGAUCCUAACUCUUUUCACCUCCAUUGACCUUUCAUUCAACAAAUUUGAAGGGCCAAUACCAGAUGUGAUAGGAGAAUUCAAAGCGCUCUAUGUUCUCAACUUGUCACACAAUGCUCUCACAGGUGCAAUCCCACCAUCUCUAGGAAAGUUGCAACAGCUGGAAUCCUUGGACCUCUCAAGUAACAACCUGAAUGGAAGUAUUCCUCCGCAGCUGGUAAACCUUAAUUUCCUGGCAUUCCUUAACCUCUCACACAACCAACUGGAGGGACCUAUCCCAGCUGGAAAGCAAUUUUUAACAUUCGAAAAUGAGUCCUAUGAAGGGAAUAAGGGACUAUGUGGCUAUCCUUUGACAAAAAGUUGCAAAAAUGCCAACAAUGGCCACAAUUCACAAUCCGAUGUGGCAGAAAAGAAUGAGAAUGAUGAAUUUGAUUGGGAGUUCAUAUUCAUUGGGGCGGGGUUUGGUGUAGGAGCAGCAGCAGUCGUUGCACCAUUAAUUUUUUGGAAGAGAGCAAGCAAGUGGGUCGACAACACUGUUGAUAAAAUCCUUGGAAUAAUCCUGCCAAAGGUGGGUCUGAUUUACACAACUCCAGAUGACGCAGAGAGUGAGGAAGACAACACAGAAAAUGACGAUGAAGACGAAGAAAUCAAGGACAAAUAUGGAGAAUUCCGCGGGAAAUAUUGUGUGUUUUGCUCCAAACUUGACAAAACCAGGACGAAGGCAAUUCAUGACCCAAGUUGUACCUGCUAUGAUUCCCCAUCUCUAUCUCCUUCUUCUUCCACCUCUUCUUCAUUUUCUCCUUAAACCCUUUAAUUUUAUUUUUCUUCCUUUUGUUUCUUAUUUUGUAUAUAGAUACAGAAAGAAUCAACCCUGGAAAGGGGGUGAUGAGAAAUGAACAUGUAAUUUCGGGUAUUGAGUAAAUAAUUCAAAACCAACUUUUGCACUCAA